AUGGUCCACCGCAUCGCCUUCUGGAGCUUCUUCGGCGUCGCCGCUCGCUUCUGGCAAAUGGGCAUCGAGAUGCGUCCGCUCUUCAACAAGUCUUCCCUGUGGGCGUACCCCGUCUACGCCGCCGGCGGAGCCAGCUUCGGAUACUGGCUGCAGGGCGUCGACGACAGGCAGACCGCUCUGCUGACGGAGCGCAAGAACAGUCUCCUCGACAAGAGGGCUAGGGCGGCUGCUAGGGAGGCCGCCGCCGAGGCUGAUGCUUCCUAG